AUGAUCGGCCAUCAGCAUCAGCAUCAUCAUCACAGCAUGCUCUCCCAGGCCGGCCACCGACUCCUCCGCAAAUGCCGGAGCGAGAAGAAGCUCCGCAUCAGCCCACCCAUGCACGUUCGCAAAGACAGCACCGCCAGCACCUCAUCCCUCAGCUCCGAGGCGUCGACGGCAGCAAGCUUCUCGACCCCCACUUACCACCAUCACUCCCGCUCCCCGAGUGAGCACGAGAGGCAGUCGUCCGACUGGGACCCUCUCAGAUGCCACCCACCACUGGACGUCGACAGGUCCCCCUAUAUCCCCAUGCCGCGGCAGGCACCGCUGCAAAGGGGGAGUGGCGGCGGUGGUCACGAUGACAACAGCUACGACGAUGACGAAGACGACGACUAUGACAUGCAGACCCCUGUGGCGGAGCACGAUUUUGAAGACAUCAUCGAUCACUACGCUAUGACGGCACUCCGCCCUCCGCCGCCCCUCGCCAACCGGCGUCCACUCUUCCAGCGCAUGAAGACGGCCGAGAUGGACAUCCAUGAGGGUUUCGAUUUUGGAUUCGCCGCCGCCAACCGCGACGGCCACAGGCACGACCACCUGGCGCCUCGCACCACGCCUCCCCGGCCCCUGACCUCGUCCACCAUGGAGUCGGACCACUCGGGCACCUCGUGGCUGAACCUUGACUGCUCGCGGGACAGCGUCCCCAGCGAGCUCAUCCCGUCGCCCAGGAGCAGGCGCCCGCCCUCCACUCAGCCCGACACCCCCGCCCACCUGCUCAAGAGGGGCGAGUGGAAGAGGAGGGGCAUCGUCUUCGUCUCUGAGACCGACAAGGUCACCGAGGAAGACUGCUUCGACAUCCCGUAA